AUGGCAUCAGAAGACGAGUUCCAGCUCUUCACAUCCCUGAGAUACGAUCCAUUGCUGCUCCAGUCAGAGGAAAACUCAAGAGCCAUCUUGAACUUCGUCACGCCGUCGCCUUUCUACAUGCUCGCAUACCACCGAGACCGGAUGGUGGAAGCCGCACAGCACUUUGACUUUUUCGAAGUCGAGAAAAGACUGAAAGACGGAAAGGCUUUGCAUGAGGAACUGUUGAAGCGAGUGCAAGACGAGAUCAAGAAAACAGGAAAAGAUGAAGCAAUGAAGCUCCGCCUCCUCUUCGACAAAGCCGCCAACUUAACUGUGGAAUGUACUCCAAUACCAGCCGUCCCCCUCUCAACCCUCUACCCCCCAUCUCUAGACCCCCCAUCCCCAUCCCCACCCCACCAUCCCGCCAACACCAACACCAACACCACCACAAAACCCUUCACGCCCUCCCCCCUAACAGGCGGCGCCCUGCACCUCGGUCCCACCGACAGCCUCCCAGCCGGCGACUCCUCCCAAUCCUCCCAACCCCCUCCACCCCCCGAAUGGAAGAUAGCCCUCGACACAGCACCCACCCCCUCCUCCCCCUUCACCCUCCUCAAAACCACAAAGCGCGAAAUGUACGACCAAAGCCGUCUCCGCGCCUUACCCCCCAACCCCGCUGGUCCCGCCUACCGCGAAGUCAUGCUCUACAACGAAGUCCGCGAGCUAACCGAAGGCACGCUAACGUCUCUGUACUUGUUCCGAGGGGGGAGGUGGGUUACGCCGCCUGUAGGCGUACCCUCAGGAGAGUUUUCGGCUAAGACGCUGAAGGACGAUGGGGCUGAUGAGGGGGAGCUACGGAAGUCUUUCGCGGGGAGGGGCUGGGGGGCAGAGGGGGACGAGUAG